AACAUCUCAAAUAAACCGAAUUAAAAUAGUUGAGGUGGAAACACAAGUGUACGUUUUCUCGAGAAGCAACUGAAUGCGUCUUGACCGAAACGUUCAGGUCCUUGGGAGAUGCUCAUCCUCGAUCUUUGAUUACUACCAGUUUUAGGAUUCCGUGAGAAAUCUGUUCUUGUUUUUUUCGCUGCUGUUUUGACGGAUAAAAAGAUGACUUAACGGUUUAUGAAAUGUUUUUCGUAGCGCUUUUGCUUCACGUUCAUUUCCUUUGCAAAUCCAAAUCCAUAUACUUUCAGUUUCCGUUCCAAAGUUCAGCUAUUAACGAGUUUAAGGUUGCUGUCUCUGGCAAAAGACCGAACUAACGCAACUCUUGUCUGAAGUUGAAUUUGACUCAGCAACCUAUCCGUGGGAUAAUAAUACAAUACGUUCUUUAUUUUUUUUAAGCUUUAUGCAAACAUGACAACAAGAGUUGAAACCAGCGACGAAACUGCUUCAGUUAGCUUUAAGGCUGACGCGGCGACUCAUUUGAAGAAGAAAACCACUAUUUACAUCGUUUAUCUAAUCGCCGCUCUGGACAUAACAUGGAUGUUUAUACAGUUCUCAAUAACGCCUUAUUUGGCGAAGAAACUGGGAUUUGACACUUUGUGGUUUGGCUAUCUACAAACCACAGUUGGUGUCAUCCAGUUGUUUGGGGGUCCUUUGUUUGGAAGGUUUGCAGAUAUUAUCGGGGCCCGAGCGGCCCUCUCAUUGGCGUGCGCUGCAAAUAUUGUUUUCUUCAUUCUACUGGCUAUAGCAGAUUCUCCGGCCAUGCUUUUUCUCCACAAGCUUCCCACAGUUGUCAUGCAUGUCCUACCAGCUUCUCAGAUGGUUGUAGCAGAUCUUUCGGAACCUGAAAAACGCGCCGACGCACUUUCCAAACUUGGUCUUUGUUUUGGAAUUGGAAUGAUAGCUGGCUCCACUUUAGGUGGCCAUCUCGUCACAAGCUAUGGGGAGAGAUUUGCUGCGUAUGGUGGUGCUGCAGGCAGCGCAUUCAGUUUGCUGCUGGUAUUAAGCUUUAUCCCUCAAAGCACUAAAGUUCAAAGUCCAGCAACUAAAACAGAUUCCAAAACCAAAAGGAAGUCCAUAUUCAGCCUGGGCGAGAUCACAAGACUCAUGAAGUUUCCAGGCGUGACGGCAACCUUUCUUGUGAAGAUUGUUACAGGUUUACCAUCAGGCAUUUUCCAAGUGAUGUUCUCCAUAAUUGCAUUGGAAUUUUUCAAGUUGACACCUGAGCAAAAUGGAUAUAUAAUGGCAUAUUUUGGAAUAGCCCAGAUGGUGAUUCAGGGAGGAGUGAUCGGGCGACUUACAGCAAGAUACAAUGAGCGUUCACUGCUACUUCUGUCUAUCGGAAUUUCCGCUUUUGUUGGCCUUGCUCAGGCGUACAUGCAGAAUGUGUUCCAUUUCUGCCUGACUGUGGUUCCCAUGAUGUUUUCUCUCAGUGUGUUUAAUGUCAUCACAGACAGUUUACUCACCAAGAGUGUACCUUCUUCUGACACAGGCACAAUGCUAGGACUGUGUGCAUCAGUCCAGUCUCUACUUCGUACAGUUGGACCGACCAUUGGUGGCUUUCUCUAUGUGAACUAUGGCAUUUUCUCCAUAGGAUUUCUUCAGUUUAUUGUAAAUAGUGCUGUGUUUUUGUAUCUGCUGCGGCGUCGACUCAACAGGAAAGCCGAAUACAAACAAUGAUACUUUUUAUCACCUUUUAUAAUCUCCCAACUAGCUGAUAAAAAAAAUCAGGGCAGAGAAGCUUUAAAUUAGUGGGAAUUUCUCAUUCACCUCAACAAGUGCUUUAUUGAACAUUUGGAUGCUAAGCAUCUACUGCUUCGAUGAGGAAACAUGGAGUGGAUUCUUCCACUGCGCAAAACUGGACACUCAUUGGAAGAAUUCUGGGCUCCAUCGGACGCUCGGUGUCUCAGGAGGUCUUCAGGACAGUGGGCUGGGCCUGCUCGGCUUCUGCAUGAUGAAUGACCUGAGGCGGAAUCUCUUUUUGAUUGACAGUAUAAGCGUUUUAGCGAUCAUGUAGUAUAAACUAGCAUUAUAUACUUAUACGGAAAUUAUACUGAUUCCCAACGGCAUUCUUUUUUUAAAAUGACUGGUGUGGAGUUUUGCAACUUUUCUGUCUUCUAAAUAUAUACAUAUGGUAGGAAAUGGACCUUUGUGUUUUAUUCAAAUAAUUUUGAAUUCAACUCCUAAAAGAAACAUUUACACAAUCCUAUAUUUUAUGCAUUUGGUUUUGCAUUAAACCUUUAAAUGGUUCAA